CUUAUCUUCAUGGGCUUUUUCAUGGCAGUUUCCACCACAACUGCUGCUCACAGCAUUCCCUUUUCAGACUGAGAUCCCAUUCCGCCUUCCCUCCCUUUGUAAUCUUCUGACUAGAUUUUCUCUGUUUGCUUCUCUGCAACACAAGCACGACAAGAUUCAACUUCGCCAUUAAUCACCCCCCACCAAUGUCCCCAUUAUUCAACCCAUUGAACCCCAGAUGAGCCUUCCACCCCAUCUUCUUCGCUUCUUGAAGACGUAGAUGCAGAUUGCAAGGGAAACUCAGAUUCCGGCCGCUUCUUUGCUCUUUUCUCGCUGGAUCUGAGUCCCCCUCCGAGCUCUCAUGUGGGCUCCGCGGCGGCUAAAGAAGGAGAAUUGGGGUGAUCGGUGUGGAGGGAGCGUUUGGUAGCAGAGAAACUGCCCCGGAAUUCCGUUUGUUCAGAUCCAUCACUUCCAAAAAUCACAGCAUUGUUCUCUCUCUCUCUCUCUCUUUCUCUCUCUCUCUCAAUUUUGUCGAGUUCUUGAAAAUUUUACAGAGAUUAGUAGAAAAUAGAUUUAGAUUGUUUGAAUUUUCAACAGGAGAAUGAUCUUUUUUGUAUCUCAACAUUCACAGGGAUUUGUUUAUUGGCGGCAACUGAUUCUUUCUUUUAGUUAUGCUUUCAGAGGCACAGCCGAACAAGAGUUGUAUUUGUCUGUUAACAGUCAAUGUGUGAAUUUUUUCAUUAGAAUAUAUGCAAUCAUAAUAUGCCUCAAGACAGUCUCAGAUCAGCUGUGUACAGAUCCUUUGUUACAUGCGACGAUCCGAAAGGUGUGGUUGAAUGUGGGACAAUCAGAAAAUCCAAGAGCAAACCUAAGAGAUUGGAGAAUAAAGUCGAAAGCCAAAAAAUGCCUAAGAAUUCUGAGUCAUCUUCUGAAUACAAGGAAGAAAGAAAGGAGAAGGCCUCUAAGAGCAUCUCUGAAGGCUUGCAUAUCCCAUCUUCCUUUCAGCUUAUGGAGGUAUCAAAAGGGGCUCACAAGCUGAACCGGAUGAUAGAUUCAUGGUCAAAGGGGAGUGAUGGGCAUUCUGAAGAACUAGCGAAAGAUUUGUUGAAAGGAGCUCUUGACUUGCAAGACUCUUUGAUCAUGCUUGGGAAGCUACAAAAAGCUUCUCAAUAUAUGACCAAGUUGAAGAAAAAACAGAAGGAGAAAUUCAACCAAGAAAGAAUUGAUGGGUUAGGGUUCCAGAGAACAAACUCCCGUUCCUUGGUAGAUCAAAAUUACCAAGUGGAAUUUCAGAAGUCAAGACUCUCUGCUGAUGGUUCUUCAAGGGAUUGCUUUGAGGAGCUUAGGACAGCAAUCAGAGACGGCCUUGCAAAGCAAAAUCUUCUACCGCCUAAUUUCACUGAAAAGAAUGCUUGUUCUGAUAGACGAACCCUGGACUCAGCUUCAGACAUUGCCUCCACUAGCUCAAGCCAGUCCUCGAUGGUUAACUUCCACAGCCUUUUCUCAUCUGACAGUUCUCUAUCAUCAAAGGCUCCACACAAGUCAAAAGGCUCAAAUUUGAUUGCCAAGCUUAUGGGUCUUGAAGAAUUUCCCUUGCAAGAAGCGCAGACUGGCCCCUGUAAACAGUUAGAAAGCGAGAAAAUUUCAAGUCAAAAAAGACCCAUGUUUGAAGUUGAUAUGCCCAAGGCAAGGAAGCCUCAUUCUGCCUCUUAUAAGGUGUAUACAGAACAGAGGAAGCUGAAAGAAAUAGUUGAAACUAUGCACUUUAAGGGGCUUCUAAAAUGCAGUUCUCCUGAAGCUUUUCGUCAUUCUAAUGCCUCCAAAUCAAGAAAGCAGUUCACUGAAGAUUCCCCACCUAUCGUACUUAUAAAACCUCUGCGUGUUUCACGUGGUGAAGUUGAAGACAAUCACCUGCAAAAGUUUAUGCAUGAUGCGGGCGCUCUUCAAGUCAGAAAAUUCAAAAUAAAAGAACCUCAACCCAGGACCACAGACCAGAGGGAAGGAGCAUUGAAUUCCAGUGAGAUGUCUGGAAGACUCGAAGGAGAAGAGACAGGUACGCCAAUCAAAAGGGUUACCCAUAAAAGGUAUAAAAACCUUAAAGGAGAAGAAAAAGCAGAAUUAGUCAAGAGAAAUGAGAAGCUGUCUUCUAGUAAGUUGAAAGAUUGUGUACCUGCAAAUCAGCAACAGAGAAAGAAAGCAGUUGAGAAGAAAGUAGAUAGGACACAAAAAGAGACCGCUCACAGAAAGAAACCAUCAGAAGUGGAGCAUGUGAAAUCUAAAGUUGCUCCUAAAUCUCACGAUCAAGCCAAAGUGGCCUCCACAAAAGAAAGAAAACCUGAGAUUGGGUUGAACAUCACAAAGAAUCGUAUAACCCAAAGAAAAACUAUAUCAGCAAGUGUCAUUUCAAAACACAAAACAACAGCCAUAUCUCAUGACUAUGGUGGUGUGAAAAAGAGUGUGAAGGUUGAGAAACAAGUCAAGGAGCCUUUGGCCGUAACUUUAGUUGUUGAAGAUGUUGGAGGCAAGCAUGGUAAUGAAGGGUUUAACCAUAGCUGUGAAGAGGAAUGUGAUAUGACAAGUACUAUCACAACUGAAGAUCAAGAUCAACUCUUUACUGAAGAAGGGACAGAUCCUUCUGAUCUUCAGAUUAAAGACCAAUUUGAUUGCAGCCAGAAUGCUAUGUGCAAUGUGACACCAGAGACUGAGCAACCCAAAAGCGAUGUCAAAUUGGCUGAAGAAACUAAUUACUGCAGCAGUCACAAUAGUACCAAGGAGAAAUGGUUCAGAACUGAAGCCAACGAAAAAGAUCUGUUUUUGAGCAGUCCAUCAUUCCUUAGUACUGCACAGGAGCUCUUUAAUGUCGAUACUAACCAGGCCAUACUUUUACAGACAAGUAGUCAAUAUGAUUGUGUAGACGAUACCAGACUCUUGUUGGACUGUGCAAACGAACUUCUGCAACGUAAAAGGCGUCAAUGUACAGAAACCAAACGUCCAUCCUUAACAGCUCUGGCGAGGAAUUUCAACAUCUCCAUAUCGCUUUCCCACCUGGUGGAUGAAGUGUACAAUGGAAUUGAGAAUUUGAGAAGCUACAGUAAGAAUGAUGCCGAGAAACUUCCCUCUGACAAUGUUAAUGCAGUUCUGGAGAAAGACCUGAAGUCGGAGGGGGCGGUGAGCGGGGGAUGGGACUGGGGCUGGAGGCAUGAAUUUACAGUGCAAGAAGUCGAGCAAGUUGUAGGUGACAUAGAGAAGCUAGUUUUCAAUGUACUGAUAGAGAAUUUGCUUACAGAUUUUCUGCUUUAGCACUUCAUACAUGUCUCAACAUAUAGGCUUUGGAAGCUCAUAAUACUCUAUAUUUUCUGUAAAUAAGGUCACUGUGAUUAGUGCAAAGGCAGAGUGACACUAUAUAUGUUUGCUUUA